AUGAUUAUACGCAGCCUCUGGAAUUUAUACCUUGGAGGCCUCGAGAAGCACCCUAUCAAAACUAAGUAAAUCCCACAUAGGAUGGCAACGGGUAUGGUCAUUACGAGCGCUGGAGAUUUAAUUGCCCAGAAAUUAGUUGAAGGAAAUGACGAUGUUGAUUUUAAACGACUGCUUAACAUGGCUAUUUAUGGGUGUGUAGUUGCAGGUGGUGUCGGGCAUUACUGAUAUAAAGGACUCGAUGCUGCUUUUGGCUCAAAAAUGAAUUUGCGCUCAACGCUGAAAAAAAUGAGCGUCGACCUUCUGCUUUUCGCUCCUCCUGAAACUGCAUUUUUCAUGGCUUGGGCGCAUUUAGGAUCAGAUCAAAAGGAACCUGUAAUGGAAAAGCUUAAAAAAGACUAUAAAAACGUUCUGAUAGCAGAUUAUUUACUAUGGGUUCCGACUCAGUUCAUCAAUUUUUGCAUUGUCCCAGAAAGACACAGAGUUCUCUUCCAAAGCGUGAUUAUGGUGUUCUGGAGCACAUUUAUAUCGUUUGCGUCACAUAAUAGCUUACUCCCCCCUCCGUGAGUGAAUAAAACCAUUAGAAAAAUCGCUAUUUUUUUCCCAAAAACCCACCCUCCGUACCCUCCGUGAGUGAACAAAAAUUUUUUAUGUAAAAAAAAAUUGAUAUAUAAAUGAUAAUUAGUAAUAUGAAAUCUAGAGCUAAUUCUGUUUAAUUUAAACAAAUUGCUUUUUAAAACAUAAAUUUUAUAAAUUAAAUUAAUAUUUGCUUUCCAAUUUUUGCGAAUUAGGAUAUUUUAAAAUUUCGAAAAAAAAAUAUUUUUUAUAAAAUUUAUAUAUAAUUUUUUUUAAACAAAAAAAAAAUUAACCCCCCUCCGUGAGUGAACAAAAUUUUUUUGUUCACUCACGGAGGGGGGGAGUUAGAUAACCUUAACUUUCUUUAA